AUGGCGCCCGUCAGUGCUUACGCGGCCCGCGAGGCGCGCAGACUGGCCGAGGCACAGAAGAGCUCUCCCAGACGGCCAUCGGGAGCCGCGGCAAACGACAAGAAUGGCAAGAGCGCUUCGACUUCCACGCCGUCUGGAUCGUCACGUAGGGCUUCUUCAGGCGAACAUGCUGCUUCGUCCCAGCAUGUCGACUCAUCGGGCGUGGAGGUGGUGAUCGCGCCCUUGACAGCUUCACAGACUCUCUCGUUCGAGGCCAGCUGGCGCGCAGCUGCAGCGACACCAACCAAAGCCAGUCGUGCCGACCCUUCGCCCUCCGCCAAGCGAACGCGAAGGUCCUCGACGACUCAGCAGCCGGACUCGAUUGCUGCGACGCGACCCAGGAGGAACUCGGUCGCAAGUGCCACUGAGCGAACGCCAAAGUCGACAAAGCAGACUACCAGCAGCACCACACCACAGAAGAGCACACCGGGUCGACGUGCCUCCAAGGGCGUCUCUGCGGAUGCCUCGACCUCAUCCACACCUGCAUCCUCGAGCAAAAAGCGCAAAUCGUCCGGCACAUCGGCUCGGGAGCAGGCCGAAGAUGAGCUGGAGCAGGCGGUGCAGCAAAUCAUCGACGAUCUCCGAGUCGGAAUGGCCGACGACAGCGACUCCGAGUCGGAACAGCCGCCGCCGCGUAAGAAACGCGCCGGACGAGCCGCGUCUGGCUCCAAAUCUAAGGCGGAUCAUGCCGAGUCAUCCAAGGCCGCAUCAAAGCGCACCGCGGCCGCAGCCACGCCUUCAAAGACCACGCCAAAGAGCAAGGCAGACAAGGCAGACAAGGCAGAGACAGGGCGGGCCACUGCUGCGAAAAAGGAGAAGGCCGAGAAGGCCACUCCCACAAAGAGAGAACGGGCCAAGGCUGCGCCGAAAGCUGGCGAGAAGAGUGCCAGCAAGCAGCGAUCGCUCUUUGCCUCACCAGACCAAAGCGGGAUCAAAGCAGUUCGACGCUACUUUGCCGGCUCGGCCGGGAAGCAUGCCAAGACCAAAGUCGGCUCUUCGGAUAUGCCAGUCGAGGAUCCCACGACUGGAUUCUUGGCAUUUGCCGACGACGAUUCCGACGACGCGUCUUCAUCUCACGAGGACGCAGCGACUCCGCAGGCGGAAACCCAAUCCGACGACUCGUCUGACGAUGAGGCUGGGCAGGCAGACGCUCAAGCAGGGUCCGUUCCAAAUGCACGCAGGCGAAAGCCGGAACCCAACCAAAGCCCCGCCCGCUCCAACAAGUCACAGCCCCGUCGUGCCGCACAUGCAGGCGAAAGCGAUGUCGAGUUUAUCGACGCCGAGGCAGAGGCUACACCAGCUCUGCCCCGCGAUGCCCUACUGGACGCCGUCCCCUACUCCCACUUCGAGGCCGUGCUUGACGGGCAGACGCCAAACACGAUCGUCAAGGAGAACAAGAAGCGUUCCAAGGAGGCGCUCUAUUUCGGCCUCCGACACGACGAGACGCUCUCGUUGCUUGGAAUCGGAUGCGUCCGCGUGCUCCGAGGAUGCGUUCAGAUCGGCGGCGCAGUCCUCUCCACCUCGACCGACGGCUUCCAAUCCGCCAAGGUGCAUGCGCCAAUCUGUCACGCGCUUCCCGUGCUCAGAUGCGUCCCACCCGCGCGCCUUCCAGGACACAAGGCAUCUCCCACAGACGCAUCUCAAAGCGAGGACACCCAUGACGCCGAGGCGGCUCGUCUCUUCGCUCAGCCUUUCGACGCCAUCAUCAAGCUCACACCGCUGACGUCGCCCAUCACCGCGCUGGGUCAGGUUUGCCCGAUCGGCGGCCUCGCCACGCCGUUCUCGGCUCCUCCCAAUCUCGAGCUCGGCACUCUUCACCAGCUCGCCACCAUCAAGGUGCUUCUCGCCCCCGAUGUUGACCAGCUUGCCAACAGACAAAAGAGGCUCACUAGCUCCGGCGCCUACCCCACAGCGGGCCUCAGCGCGACCUACAUCCCUCACGCAUGGCAGAAUGCGCUGCAUCGCCUGGCUUCAUCGGCGCUUUCGGCUGCCCAGCAUCCGCAGGAGGAAUCCGUCGUCGCCCUCAUUCGCGGCAAUCGCAAGGUGGGAAAGAGCACUUUGAGCCGCAUGGCCCUCGAGCGUAUCCUCUCGCUCGGCAGCAACAUCGGCGGCGCAGUCGCCUACCUCGAGCUCGACCUCGGCCAAACCGACUUUGGUCCGCCGGGCAUGGUAGCCUUGCAUGUUUUCAAGCGCGAGGACGCCUCUCUCGAUGAUCAAGGUACAGGCCAGACAGCUGGCGAGCAUGCCACAUCUGGCACAGGUCCUGCUCAGAGCACCGAGAACGGCGACAAGCAAGUUGCUCGAGGCGCCUGCGUCACACUGGGUCCAGGCUGGUGUCAGCCUCGCGUUCCUGUUCGUGCUCACUUUGUCGGUGAUGUGACGCCGCGCGAUGACCCGGAGAGCUACGUCGCGGCCGUGCACGAUCUCAUCGAAUACUUCCGCACCCACAUUCAGCCUGGUCAGGCCGAUGCCACUGGCACGCAGCAACGCGUGCCGCUCGUCAUCAACACGCAGGGCUGGAUCAAGGGGCUUGGCGCCGACCUCGCCGCCAGGCUCGAGCCGCUGCUGCGCCCCACGCACAUCUUGGACGUGAUCCCGCGCGGAUCGGCCGGCAUCGUACCUGCACCCUUCCGUGGCGCACGUUGGCUCGACGUCGAUGGCGCCAUCCUCGGUGCAGGUCCCGAGAUCGCCGCACUCGAGAGCGUUUCGCAGCUCGAAUUUGGCGCUCCUGGUCCAGCAGACGCCGAGCAGAGCAGCCAGCCAGGCGUCGGUGCGGGCACAACGGAACAGACCGGCACAGGCGAUGGUGGCGCGACUCCUCCUCGCUAUGUCACCGAAGUGGCUUCCAAGCUCGCGCCUACCGAGGCUCGAUUGCUCAACCUGAUGAGCUACCUGUAUGCUCAGGGGCUCGCUCCAGCGUCGGCCGCCCAGGCGGCAGUGCGUGGAACGUGGAACUUUACCGAGCCGCUGGUGCAUCGACCUCCGCUUGUGGUCGACGUGGACGGAGGGCUCAAGGCCGGUAUCCGUGUGCUUGCGCUGGGCUCUUCCGUGCCGGACAGCCUGAAGCUCAUGGCGAUCAAUGCGUCCAUUGUGGCGAUCAUCGUGACGGAUUCUGACAGCGGUGCGGCUGACGACGAGGUGGCUGUGGACGCAGCGCAGAAGGACGGCGGGAUGGUCAACACGUGGAAGCGGGCUUUCCACCGAGCUGCGCGCAUCGUGCAUUCGGGCAAGCGUCUCGGCACGCGCUGCGUGGGACUUGGCAUCGUGCGCUCGAUCGAUGUGGAUGCGGGUCACAUCCACUUGCUCACCCCUGUGGAUCCCGAGUUCCUGGGUGAGCUGAAGCUCGAGUCAGGAGCAGGACGAGCCAUGGGCAUCGUCAAGGGUGCAAUUGAGCUGCCCGUCUGGGCGUCGCUCGACCUUGAAGCGAUCCGCGAGGCGCGCGAGAGCCGACUCAACGUCGUCCCUGCCCUCGGCCGUCCGGAUGCAGCUGAGGAUGCUGAGCGUGGAGAGACGCAGGCGUCGGACGAGCCGCUGCUUGCAGGCAUGCCCAGAAACCAGGUGCCGUACCUCGAGUGGCCGCACGUCGCCAACCUUGCGCGUCUCAACACCAAGUCGCACCGCGACGCCGCAACCGACGCGCCGCUCCAGCUGGGAUCAGAGAAACGACGUGUGCGCCGCAACCUCAUGCGCAAAAGCCAGUUUGCUUGA